AUGCAGUUCUCCCUCUCCAUCGCAACGGCAAUCCUGGCCGCCACCGCCUCGGCCAUGCCCGUCCUCGAGACCCGCCAGACCGUCGGGACCACCGCCAACGAGUUCACCUCUGGCGGAUGCAAGGACGUCGUUCUCCUGUAUGCUCGCGGCACCACUCAAGCCGGCAACAUGGGCCAGGAACCCGGCCCGGAACUCGGCAACGCCCUCAAGGCCCGCCUGGGCGCCGCGCGAGUCGCCGUCCAGGGCGUGGCCUACUCGGCCUCUCUGCUCGGCAACCUCAACCCGGGCGGCGCGCCGGCCAACGAGGCCACGAGCUUCAGGACGCUGAUCGGCCAGGUGGCGAGCCAGUGCCCCAACGCGCGCAUCGUCGUGUCCGGGUACAGCCAGGGCGCCGCCCUGGUCCACCGCGCCGUCGAGGGCGCCACCGCCGCCGUGCGCGCCCGCAUCGCCGCCGGCGUCACCUUUGGCGACACCCAGAAGCAGCAGGAUGGCGGCCGCAUCCCCGGCCUCGACGCCAGCAAGACCCUCAUCAUCUGCAACACCGGCGACCGCGUCUGCGAGGGGACCCUCAUCAUCACCGCGGCCCACAGCGGCUACGGCGCCAGGGCUGGCGAGGCUGUUGACUUUAUCGCUGCCCGUGUCUAG